UUUUCUCGUGUGUCCGAUAUAUUCGUAGCCAGUGUGAGGUCAGCCACCGAGGCGCACACACGCUCACGCGAUUCGCCCGGCGACCGCCAAAACUUAUUUUAGUCGCGAUAUAUUCGACACAUGUGCAUUUCAACAACAAAUUAAACUAUUUCGGUGACGCCGCCGCCGGACCGGCUUUGUUUUCCAGUCACUGAAUUAAAUAAAAUUGCUCCGGUUUAAUCGCUGUAUUGGUAUCGGCGGUUUCGGAAAAUACGGAUGAUAGAACACAAUUAAACAGUGGUUAGUUGAAAUAACCGCUAACAAAUGUGCAGAAUCAUAAAGAAGCACAACAUUUACCAAUUACGAUGAGUAAGGAACGAUAAUCUUUAAAGUAAUGGAAGAAAAACAUAGUUUAAGCCGAAGAUAAAACAAAGACAAUAAGAAAUAAAUAACUAACGAUAAUGAUCUACGAUAACAGAUAGGUUACAGUAUUCAAAUAAUCCACUCCAUAUAUUCCUCAUUCACUAAUUGUGCUUCCGAUAACAAAUUACUUCCUAUAACAAAUAAUAAUUUUGCCAGUUAAUAGACAGCCAACAUAGUGAACAGCUAUUUUUGUGAUAAGCUUAAAUGUGACAAUAUUGAGGAAUUAACUAAAAACUAAAUAAAACGCCUUAUCUAAGUAUACAUAUCAAGAACUUACAAGUACACCGAUGCCUUACAUUCGAAACAAGUGACAAUCAGAGUGCCAAACGGAUUUGUGGACGCGGAAGUUCUAAUUUUGAAUAUCCGCGAUGUCUCACGGCGGCGCAGUGAAGAGUGCGAAGAACGGCAAAGUUGCGCAGGCGCAGUCGCCGGAGUCCUCGCGCGAGGGGUCAGAGAGCCCCGCGCCGCCCCCCGACGGCGGCUGGGGCUGGGUCGUGGUCUUCGCCUCCUUCAUGAUCCAUGUCGUCACGGACGGCAUGACAUACUCGUUCGGCGUGUUCUACGCGGAGUUCCUGGACUACUUCCACGAGGGCAAGGGCAAGACCGCCUGGAUCGUGUCCAUCCUCGUCGGCGUCACGCUCAGCUCAGGUCCGAUCUCCAGCUCGCUAGUAAACCGCUGGGGCUGCCAGGCGGUGACGGUGGCGGGCGCGCUGCUGUCCGCCGCGUGCGUCAUCGCGUCAGCAUACGCGCAGAACAUCCUCACGCUGAUCUUCACCAUCGGCGUGGGCGGCGGCUUCGGCUUCGGCCUCAUCUACCUGCCCGCCAUCGUCAGCGUCACCGUCUGGUUCGAGAAAUACAGGAGCUUGGCCACUGGAAUCGCGGUAUGCGGGUCCGGCCUCGGCACAUUUCUCUUUGCGCCGAUCACAUCAGCUCUAAUAGAGAACUAUGGCUGGCGAGGAGCGAUGGCCAUUAUCGGGGCGCUAAUCCUCAACUGUGUGCCACUAGGACUUAUGUUUCGGCCAGUUCCAGACCUACCCAGGACCCCUGCCUCUGAACCAAUGCUCCCAAAAAGUGAGAAGUCCCCACUAAAAAGGUCACAAAGUCAAGAGCAUGUAGUGAGAGCCAACGGUAACGUGGAGGAUGGAGAUAUCGCAAGACUGACCCUAUCGCAACCAGCGCUGAACAAAAACCAUGAUCACAAUCAUAAAAUACAUUCCAGGAGUGGUAGCGGCAUUAUGCAAAGGCCUGACGUUCUAUACCAGGGCAGCAUGCAGAGCCUGGCCAAGUUCAGGGCACCCUCGCCGGAGAGACGAAUGUUCGCAGCCAAAGAACAAUCUGAGGAGCGAUGUGCCUGGCUGCCCUGCGCCGCAGAAUCAAAGGCCAUCUUGUCAGAAAUGUUGGAUUUAUCGCUCCUCAUCGAUCCAGUAUUUCUUCUCUUUUCCCUGUCCAAUUUUUUGACCAGUAUUGGAUUUUAUAUACCAUACGUUUACACAGUAUCGAUGUCAGAAAAGUUGGACGUGCAAAAUCCUGCUUAUUUAAUAUCCAUCAUUGGCGCAUCCAACUUAGUGGGACGGAUCGUCCUUGGGUUCAUCAGCGACCAGCCGUGGGUCAACCGACUCUUGGCCUACAACUUGUGUCUCACCAUUGCUGGCAUAGCGACGGCGAUGGCGAUGCUGUGCUGGGAGUUCUGGGGCCUGGCGCUGUACGCGACGACGUUCGGCUUCACCAUCGGCGCCUACGUGGGGCUGACGUCCGUGGUGCUGGUGGACCUGCUCGGCCUCGAGCGACUCACCAACGCCUUCGGGCUGCUGCUGCUGUUCCAGGGAAUCGCUUCCCUCAUCGGACCGCCUUUUGCAGGAUGGCUUUUUGAUCAGCUCGGGUCGUACAAGCCAGCAUUCUACGUCGCCGGCGGCACCAUAUCACUGAGUGGCGUCAUCCUGUUCCUGAUCCCGUGCCUGGAGCGACGCAGCAAGAAGGAGAGGUGGGCCCAGGACAUCGACAUGGAGGAGAUAUAGCAGGACGCCUUCAGAGGCUCUUGGCACGACUACCCCAUCAUCGUGCUCAACAGCCCCUCCUCAUCUUCUAGAACUAUCACUGAAGACUCUUUCAGCAACAGGGUAUAUACUAAUUACUUAGAUAACUUCGAUGAGCAGUUUGAAAAGAAUCA